UAUUGAUUCAUAUGAAAUCAUUUGUGUUCAUCUCAGUAUUUUGGAUAGUUGGGACAAAAAGACUGGUAUCUGUGAGACUCCUUUAGUUAGUAUCAAAAUUUAAUAGCUAGCAAAGCUGAAUUGCCUUUGAUACUGGUGGAGCAGUAGUACUAGCACUGCUCCAGUCCUCCCUGCUUUGUCACCACAUGCAUUCCACUUUCCAGUUUCCACUACAAAAUCUACUUUGGACUCCAAUUUUUCUCCUUCUUUUUUUAUCCUCACCUACAAGAAAAGCAUUGCCCACCUCCUCUCUUAUCUCUCCCUCUCCCUCUCCAUGACCAGACCUUGAUCUGACACUCCACUCCAUCUCCCUUGAUCCCACUCUUCAUUCAUUUUUGAAGGCAAAGAAUGAGAGCAGAAGGUUGUGCAGUGCAACAAGCACUCACUGCGGAGGCAGCAAGCGUAGUAAAACAAGCGGUGGCACUCGCUAGACGGCGCCGCCAUGCCCAAGUAACACCACUCCAUGUAGCUAACACCAUGCUCACUGCAUCUACCGGUUUACUACGCACGGCUUGCUUGCAGUCCCACUCACACCCCCUCCAAUGCAAAGCCCUAGAGCUUUGUUUCAACGUCGAGCUGAAUCGUCUGCCUGGCGGCCCUAUGUUGGGUACUCACUCUCAUCAUCAACACUUCCCUUCCAUCUCCAACGCUCUGGUCGCGGCCUUUAAGCGUGCUCAAGCUCAUCAUCAAAGGCGUGGUGGUUCGAUUGAGAAUCAACAACAAAAACCACUCUUAGCUGUGAAGAUAGGGUUAGAACAGCUUAUAAUAUCAGUUCUUGAUGACCCAAGUGUGAGUAGAGUGAUGAGAGAGGCUGGUUUCAAUAGUGCUCAAGUGAAAAGCAAUGUUGACCAAGCUUGUAAGAAGGAUGACAGGAGUAAUGUUUUAGACCAUGGAAAACCGACGGUUUUCGAUCCAAUUAGGGAUGAAGAUGUGAGGAUUGUGAUAGAGAAUUUGGUGAAUAGAAGGAGAAAAGGUAGUAGUACUGUUAUUGUAGGUGAGUGUGUUAGUACAAUAGAAGGUGUUGUCAAAGGAGUUAUGGACAAGUUUGACGAAGGAGAUGUUCCAGAGGGUUUGAGAGAUGUGAAGUUAAUAACCCUUUCACUCUCCUCUUUAGGGCAUCUCAAUGUUAUUGAACAAAAGCUCAAAGAGAUUAAGAGUAGUAGUAGUGAUAGUAGUAGAGGAUUUGUGUUGUAUUUGGGAGAUCUUAAGUGGAUUAUUGAGCAGAGAAGUAGAGAACAAGUGGAGCAUAUGAUUAGGGAGAUUGGGAGAUUAUUAGUUUGUGAGAGUGGAAGGUUUUCGAUUUUAGGGAUUGGAAGUUUUCAAACCUACAUGAGAUGUAAGACAAGUUAUCCUUCAGUAGAGAGUGUUUGGGGUCUUCAUCCUCUAACAAUUCCUGCAAACAGCUUGUGCUUGAGUCUCAUCACCACUACUACUGACAGUGAUCUAGGAAGCCAGUCAAAGAACAACAAAGCUGAAAAUGGGCACGAUUGGAUGCUACUUGAAGGUGAGGAGCUCACUUGCUGUGCUGAAUGUUCCGCCAAGUUUAAGGAUGAAGCCAAAAGCUUACAUAGCGGCAACACUGAUUCUAUCAGUUGCUCCACAAGUUCAACCCUUCCUGCAUGGCUUCAACAAUACAAGAAUGAGAAUCAAAGACCUAACAGCAUGGAUAAGGAUUGUUUAUCGAUCAAAGAUCUUUGCAAAAAGUGGAAUUCAAUUUGCAGUUCGAAACCUUGUUCAUCAGAGAAAGCCUUCACAUUAUCUUCUCUUUCACCUUCACCCUCCACUUAUGGUUUCUCCUACGAUCAACAUGGCCCUAAUGUGCACCAAACCCACUACCCCUUUUCAGUGGUCGAGCCCAAGAUGCCAUGGAGGAGAGACUACAACCCCACUGACCCCAGUUUGAGAAUUUACAUUCCACCAUCAACAUCAAAUCCCAAUUCCACCCAAAACUCAGCUUCUUCAAGUGAAGUCAUGGAAAUUGAUCAGUAUGUCCGAAACUUCAACGAGUACAAUUCAGAAAACCUAACAACCCUAUGCAAUGCAUUAGAGAGAAAGCUGCCAUCAAACAAAGACACAGUUCAAGACAUCGCGAGCACGAUCUUACAAUGCCGGUCCGGUAUGGGAAAAAGAAAAGACAAAAGAGAGACUACUUGGUUGUUGUUUCAAGGCAAUGAUGUGGAAGCUAAGGAGAAGAUAGCUAAGGAAUUUGCUAGGGUUAUUUUCUCCGGCUCCUCCCGGACCGACAACUUUGUUUCGAUUUCGUUGAGCAGUUUCUCAUCCACAAGAGCAUACUCAACUCAUCAUCGUCAUCAUCAUCAUCAACAAGAUUGUACAAAUAAUUACAAAAGAUCGAGAGACGAACAAAGUUCUAGUUACAUUGAAAGGUUCGUAGAGGCAGUGUCAAGCAAUCCUCAUAGGGUUUUCUUACUUGAAGAUAUGGAGCAAGCUGAUUAUUGUUCUUUAAUUGGAUUCAAGAGAGCAAUUGAGAGAGGAAGAGUGAGUAAUGUGAGUGGAAUUGAAGUUGGUCUUAGUGAUGCUAUCAUCAUCUUGAGCUGUGAAAGUUUGAUUUCAAGAUCAAGGGCUUGCUUUUCUACAAUCAAAGAAGGCUCCACAUUGGAGGAAACAAGUAGUCAUUGUGUCUCAACACUUGAUUUGAAUGUUUCAAUUGAAGAUGAUAGUGUGGAGGAUCAAUCAGUGGAUGAUAUUGGGCUUCUUGAUUCUGUUGAUAGACGGUUUGUUUUCAAAAUGCCUUCAUGAUGAUCAGGAGAAAAUUUUAGUACGAUGGUUGAUCCAUGUCAUCUUGACUUGGUUCUGAUUUCUCUAUUAAGCAUUUAAGCUUCGUUCCUAAGAAGUUCUCGUCAGAUACAAAGAAAAGAAAUAUAGGCCU